GGCCAACACACGUUGACCCUCGGCCUCAUCGGCAUCACCUCGCUGCGACGUACCGUACGCCGUUCAUACUGUAUAUUCUGGUACAGUGAAAUGAGUCAACCAAGUGAAUUGAGGAGACACGGAUGUUUGCUAGCGAGACGCAAAGAGUAAUUGCAGGAGCAGCUGUGACACUUCGGACAUGACCUGGAGACGCGUGGGCUUAAUGAACAGGACUGGACUGAAGCGACCCUAAGGUUCCACUCGCUGGUCAUUCUUACCUGGACGGGUCCUCUAUACUACUAACCUUGCCGGGGAGAAAUUUUGAUCGAGUGAGGUGCGAGUGCGAGGGCCAAGGCUAGUGCUGCUCGGGUUCUUGUGUCAGGAGGUAGUGAAGGACGUGCAGUAACCAUCGGCAGGGACAUCAGGAUGACGUCGCCCUUACAUGAUGGUGGCGGGGAGCCGCGGCGGUGAGUGUGGGUGGCGAGGCGCGGCCGUGAGGUGGUGCUGCCUUCCAAAGGGCACGCCGCAAGGAGCAUGGCCCAGAGCAUGAACAGAUACGUGACGCUAAACGAGCUGGGCACGGGCACCUACGGCUCCGUGGUCCUCGGCCAGAGGAUAGACACCGGCGAGAAGGUGGCCAUCAAAAGGAUGAAGAGAAAAUUUUAUUCAUGGGACGAAGCGAUGAAUCUUCGAGAGGUGAAGUCUCUGAAGAAGCUGAGUCACGCCAACGUAGUCAAGCUGAAGGAAGUGAUUCGAGAGAACGACACGCUCUACUUCGUCUUUGAGUACAUGAAGGAAAACCUGUACCAACUCAUGAAGUCAAGAGAGAAACACUUCAGCGAACCCAUGAUCAAGAACAUGGUGUGUCAAGUGUUGCAGGGACUGGCCUUCAUGCACCGCCAUGGAUACUUCCACCGCGACAUGAAGCCAGAGAACCUGCUUUGCAUGGGCCCAGACUUGGUCAAGAUUGCAGACUUCGGCCUAGCUCGGGAGAUCAGAUCACGGCCUCCCUACACCGAUUACGUCUCCACCAGAUGGUACCGAGCGCCCGAGGUAUUGCUUCGCUCCACCAAUUACAGCAGUCCAAUUGACAUCUGGGCAGUGGGCGCCAUUAUGGCUGAAAUCUACACCUUCAGGCCGCUCUUUCCUGGUUCGUCAGAGAUCGACCAAAUCUUCAAAAUUUGCUCCGUUAUAGGCACACCAGAUAAGCGAGACUGGCCCGAAGGAUACUCUCUGGCACAACAAAUGAACUUCAAGUUUCCCCAGUUUGCAUCGACACCGCUCUCGACGUUAAUAUCCAACGCCAGCCAAGACGCCAUUCACCUUAUGACGGAGAUGCUGCGGUGGAAUCCCGCCCGUCGGCCCACCGCGCAGCAGUGCCUGAGGUUUCCAUUCUUCAAGGACCAGAAGAGUGAGAUGAACAACCUCACCUAUGCCGUGGCCAAGGCGCGCAUCUCAGACACCGGUGUGUUAGACGAUGCCAGCCACCUCAACAUGAACAGCGACCUGAAGAGCGGGAUGCGCGGAGCAGGUGGGCGAGGGGGCGGCAUGGUCCCGGCUCAGGGCUCCAUGGGGAGCGGUGUGGACACCAGCACGCACAACGGGUUCUUGCACCGCUCAAAGAUCAGCCUUGAUCUGGAGCCAGGAAGCAAAGGCUCCGAACUGGCUCUGCCACCACCCCUGUACAUGCCCUCCUCGACACGCAGACCGGUGGCAGGGGACGCUUCCCUAGCAGGGUUUAGAACUAAAGGAAUCCAAUCCAAGCCAUUUGCAGGUUCUGGGUUGAACAUUAGCUCUAAAGACAAUAGGGAGAAUGGCUACAUUCCAGGCAACAAGAACUGGUCUUUUCGGAACCCAGCGGCCACAGACCACAAAUAUGACGAGUUCGAAGAGAAUAAAACUAAUGGUUUCGGGAACCUGAGAGCUGUGAGUCGCAGCAUGCCCGGGUCACUAGUGUCCGUGCAGGCCGGGGGCGCAGCGGGCAGCAACGCAGGUGUGGUGGGGCUGAGAACCCACUCCUACCCCAGCACCAACGCUGCCACCAUGGGUUCCUUCGCCACCACGGGGCCCACGCGCUCCAACAGUGCCAACGCCAACGUCCACGGCAGGACUAACUGGGCAGCAAAGUACCUCAAGUAACUGCGUAGCGAGGCGACACAGAGCUCCUUUAUACCUGACCCGUGCCUUUGGCCUUCCACGGGACAGGACGGUAGGGCGUCAGUGGAUGGAAAAAAAGACUGUGAAGUGUGUGAAUGGCGGCCCUUGGUGGCAGUUGUCAUGCAAGAACCAAGGGCAGUCAGUGGUGGGCACGCUCUACCUUCAUCAUCACAGCGAGGGUUCAGGUGUUGCAUGGUGACAGAAUAACUCGGCGCAACAUCCUGUAGACAGAACAUUCAUCUCGUCUCGUGGUCAGCAUGAGGAGUCGACAGUUUGAAUAAAUGGUGGAAGUAAUGAACUUUGAACUUUCCGAGGCUUUUCGUGCUGACCGUCGUGCCGCCUAACAAAUCUUCUCUGUUGUCUAUCUAACGUUCGCAUCAUCUGUGAUACUUCAUACAAUCUCGUUGCCCUCCAAGAUCGGAAGACGACACGCUGUAAUGUGUUUCCGGCGGCCUCAGCCUGGCGAGCCAAUGCCCGCUCACCCGGACCUCCCUGCACUGUACAGACCCACUACCAGACAACGAUAGCAGCAAAUACUGAUAUGGAAAUAGUAUGUAGAUGUAUUUAUAGUUUCAGUCAUUAAUUAAGUCGAGAAGAUGGUCAAUGGUGAAAGCUGUUUCGUUAGCUCAUUGCUCCCUCCACUGUUGCCAAUCGAUACCGGGCCACUUAUACGUGACCUUAUUCCUCGCCGUGCCUGCCGCAGCCACCACGACACGCUCGUCUAACAAUUGCUGAUAAAAAGCAACGCCACCAGUUAGAUGAAAAGUCUCUUCCUUCAGCAAGAAUAUCAGCAACGAAAGGUAUAAAUGCGCUGCCACAACAUUAUACUCACUGUGAAAGAAAAUGAUAAGUGGUGAUCCAUGAAGAUGAGAUCCAUGUAUGACAAUGUGAAGUAGGCAGAGAGGUAUUGCGUCGCCACUACACACACACACACACACACACAUACAUACACACACACCAAUACUAAGAGAUCAAUGACUGAAUUUAUAAGCCGCUGAGUCAAAGAAACAAAAUAUAGAUGAACUAAACGCCUUCAUCGUGGAAAGAACAGCAGCUCGCCUCAGACCAGUCAUGAUCUCUUAAGUGUGUCUUAUAUCAUCAACAAAAUGGUGACAAAAUGCAACUAUAUUCCCUCCAGAUUUGGAUUACGGGUAAAUACAUGAACUUUGCGUUUUCUUCUCUCAUACCACAUUCGUUGUCAGGGAAUCUGGAUGAUGACACUGCACACUUGGAAGACGGUACCUCUUAAGAAUUAGACAGCCGACAAAGACAACUAGUAAUGAAUCCUGUGUCAAACGGUGUUAGGCAAAGAAGCUGUCAUUGUGGUGUCUUGUAAGUGUUUGCCCGGUGUGGAAAGGUAACCUGACAUAAGAAGCUGCACCUAGGUUACAUGUUCCCCUCCACGACAACAGUGCAGCAGAAUCAUUCCAGCAGUGUUGUAUUUUAGCUCUCUCUCUCUCUCUCUCUCUCUCUCUCUCUCUCUCUCUCUCUCUCUCUCUCUCUCUCUCUCUCUCUCUCUCUCUCUCUCUCCCCUUGCCAUGAGGUUACACUGCAGAUAUGAGAAGCAUUUGAGGUGAGAAGCAAACAGGCUCACCUCAAAACUGACAGCCACUGUGACUAAUACUGAACCAUCAGUGGCCUGGUUUGCAUCAAUGUCUGUUAGACAAAACAUAUAAUCAUACAGUGACUGGGUGUCUAUAGCCAUAUGUGUCACAGAAAUGGGUGGCCUGAUGGAUAAAUGAAAUAAAAACGAAAUGCUGUAGGAAAGAAUCCCCGUGUAGGUGAGCAUCAUUCAUUUCGUGAAACAUUGUAUAGAAAUUACCAUAUUAGGCAUUAGGAGUUCAUCCCUGUACAUGAAAACAUGAGUCAUUCUACUACAACUCAAUUUCACAGAUUGCAUUGGGUUAAGAUAAUGUUACACAACUGACGUUGCGGCGAGCACCCCGGGGCGCUGGCACCUCAGUCCCCUUGGCGGUGAAUCACUCCCCAGAUUGAACAUGUACAUACUGUACGUAUACAAUUCUGCCAAAGUAUGGUAUUUCUUGUCACGAGUGUCUACUUACUCUGUGCAAAGGCCUACGAUUACACUGACAUCUGGUUCAUGUGUAGCAAACACCCAAGGAGGGACAGGACAGCGGCAGACAUUGCUUGUCCUCCCGUUCGUCUGGAACACGUGGAAUAAAAAACAUGAUUUUGAUGU